AUGGGGGAUUACGCCAAAGGUGAAGAGACUACCACAGUGACGUAUAGGCACGAUAUAAAAGCUCUAGAGCCACAAGAUGCACUACAAAUCUCCACAUCGAGGAACAAGAGUCUACAUAAGAGGACAGAUACCCGAAUCCACUCGUCUACCUGCGAUAUGAAGUGCUUUACUCUUCUUGCCUUGCUGUGCUCGUGCUUUUUGAGCGGAUGCGCGCGCCCCACUCCAUUGGAUAGCUCAGCCACCUGGAACGACCUCGCUGCGAUGACUGAUACAGCACGAAAUGAAGACGAUCACGAAACACGACUGCUUCCAUAUUUCUCCCACGAUAUGCUGCAAGAAGAAGGUUCCUGCUGCAUCAAUGCCAGAAUUCUGAAGUAUUAUGUAAAUCAUGUCUUGGAAUCAGACGAGCACACGGAUAUGAAAUACCCAAUGAUUCGCAGUGUGAGGGAGGGUCUGCACAGAGUCGAGCAAGAACUGCAGAAUCACUGUAUACACGACUACUCCAGCCAUCCGCUUGUGAAGCAGUUCAAGAGAAACUAUCAUGCCAGUGCAAUUAUGGAUUUGGCGGCAGCCCGUAACAAAGCAAUCGGAGAGACCAAUACUCUCUACCACUACCUCUUUGAGUCCUGCACUCCAAAAUGAUUCCCUUCAGCAGUAUUGCAAUAUUUUUUUAUAUUCAAAGAAUUAUUUAUUAUGCAUUUAUUUAUUUAAAAUAUUUAUUGAAUGUUCUAUUGACUUCUACAAACGGCAUGAAAACUGUGCUUUCAUGCUAUGUGUCGUAAGGUCACACUCAUGAGUCGUGGCCAUUGUUGUGACUGACUUGGGCUAAAUGUUCCUAAGACAGACCACUGUAAAGUAAAUGCAUCGUAAAAGCAUUUUUAAGUCGUUUUGGGGAAAAUGAAGGAUCUGAUUAUUUAAUAUUAUUGAAUCUAAUUUAUUUUUGCAGUACCUAAAUGUGUCAAUUCGCAAAAUGUGUAGCAGAUGUUUGUUUGUUAGUUUUAUUUAAAUAAAGUGCAAUUUCAUAUUUCUCACAA